GUAAUCGCGACGCUGGUCGCCUUCGUUGCUGGGAUCGUGAGAGUCUGCCUUGGUUGUUGUUGUUGUUUGUUCUUGGUAGUUGUGUGUUGGUGUGUUGGUUGUGUCUGCGAGUCCUGUUGUUGGUUGUCUUUGAGCUGGUGGUCGUGCUCGUCGUGGCCGACUUGUGCCAGUGUUGGCACCCGUUGUGUGUGGUGGUGGUGAAGUGCUGAACGUGGUGGUUUUUUGGUGUUUUUCCCUCCGUCCGCGCACUUGUGGUGGUGGCUGCGUUGUCGGUCGUGAGUCUCUGCAGCACCAUGCCGCUCUUCGGGAAGAAGAAGGAGAAGGGCAAAGAAGAGAAGCAGAGAGGGCCUGCAUACCCAACCCAGGCGGCCAGUCCUUACCCUGUGCAGGCAGCCUCUGCCUGCCCUGCUCAGCAGCAGGUGCCCCCACCGAUGGCGUACGCUGGUAACGCUGGACCCCCGGGACUGUACUACCCGCCACCCUCGUACUCCAGCGUGAGCGCAGCUGCCCCACCACAAGCUUCCCCCAUGGGUUACGAGAAUCAUCCCGCCGGUUCCGGUGCCCCCCCUCCGAUGUAUUCACCUUAUGCCGCUGCCCCACAUGCUGCUUACCAAUACCAGCCGGUACCCGCUGCAGCGAAUGGCAACAGAACUGUCUUCGUGCCCAAUGGGUUUGAUGCGGGAGCCCGGUUUGGCAAUGGGUCCAUACCCAAUGUUCCGCCCCCUCCCCCUGGCUACGCUCCCAAUGCUGCUCAGAUGGCGUCCAUGCAGGGCCAGACCGUGGUGAUGGGACAGAGGAAGAGCGACUGGUUGGAGGGAGGCUCCAGCGGGGGCGUCACCUUCUUUUAAUGCCACACAGGGGGGCCUGCCCCGAGGGCUGCUCCAGUUGCAGAGAUUACUUUUUUCAAGAAACAUGGUGACUAUAAAUCAAUUUUCACUCAAAAGUUCAGAGUUCUAACAGAUUGGCUGCAACUGUUGCUUACACUAAACUCUCACACACAGGCACGUGGCCUUUGAUGGGCGAUUUUUGGACGUAAUUGCCCUUAAUUUCCAAAAUGACACAAUAUAUUUUGAUUUAAAGCUUUCGUGACUGCAGGGAUUCAUCUUCUUGGUUCUUUCGGUAAAGUCAAGAAGAUGACACAAUAUGGUCAAGUAUUCCAUUAUUCGCUUCGCAAAAGUUAUGAAGAUUAUUGUUUUUUAAUACUGUACUGGGUAUGCACAUUGAUAUUGUACUGGACUAGUUUUUAUGUCACUAAUUAUGAUUAUUAUCUUUUGGUGGCUCUUACUGUAUAAAGUUGUUUUUGAUGUUGAUGGGUAUUGGGGGGAGUUUAAAUAUUUGUGUUCCUGAUGAAGUUUAUUUAUCGUACUCUGUACUCUUAAAUAAUGCAAAAUGUGAUUUUUCUCUUCAUGGAGCAUAAUUAAACAUUACUCUAAAAAAUG